AAUUUGCUGAUGCUUAAUCUCAUAUAGGCCGAUAACCCGGAAGCUGGACUUUGGUACACUGAUACAGUGUAAGUUGCCUACCAUAUUGUUCGUAUGCACACAAAAUGCCGAAACGUAGACCAAAAUCAAAACCAAAACCAGUAGCAGUAGUAAAAGCUGAUGAUUUGUCGAAGUUAAGUGAAGUAGGCCUAUCCGAUGAUGGACGGGCCAGUGAUUGGCCUACUGACAACUCUACGCCAGUAUUGACAAGAACUGAGAUCAUAGACAAGCAAAUCGUCGAAUCAAGUCGAAUAGGAAUACUAAGUAUCACAUUUGCCUUAGGAUUAGCUUUAGGUGUUGGACUCGGCGUGCUCACCUGUAAAUAUUAUAAUUUUGUUGAGACAAAAGUGGUCAAAGACCACUGUGGACAAUUUAAAUCAUCCCUGGAUGCUGAAACCUUGGCAACCGAACAAAUUGCAGGAGGAGAGAGCGUUGUCGACGAUGUAUCCUCUCCAGGUUACGUGAAGGCAGAAACAUUUCAAAAUAUACCCCCACGUGAUCCAGAGAAUGACGUAGGUUUAAAAUCUCAAAAAAUAGAAUUUACGAACUUUGAAGGAGUCAAUUUGAAAGAAGUGUCUGAAAAAUCUUAUUCUAGGUCAGCAGACGAAUUAGGCUUUCAAAAGAAACAGGACCAAAUAAUAUACGAAGAAUCAAUCAUUGUUGGGAAGGAAAGUUAUCAAACAAACGACCAUCUAAGAGAAAAUAGGCCUACUAAUUGGCCAAUGCCUGAUGAUUAUCAAGAAAAUGAGUUAAAAGAAAGUAAUAAGGAAGACAAGAAGGACAGUAAAGAUAGGCCUAAUAAAGGCCACCAGCAUCAAUUUGAAGCCGAAUCUGCGACGAAUCUGGAAGCAUCAACACCACAAAUACUCAAAACGAUUACAUUUAAAGAUGGUAAACUACAAGAUAAAAAAACCACAGACAAAAAAUCUUCAAGUCAAAAAUUAACAACUCCGGAAUUCAAAAUGAAAGAAUCUAAUAAAAACGACGAAAUAAAGAAUUUAAAAGCUGCCGCCGUGUCGCACACACCCACGUAUCUGCAACGAUUAAAAGUACGAAACGUCCGAGUGGGCGGGAAUGUCGUCACACCACAAGAAUUGACAAAUGGAACAGCACCAAUUAGAGCAUAUAUAUACGAAAAUUUUCUAACACCUAAAGAAUGCGAGGGGCUUAUGGGAGUCCAUAAUCGUCACGUAAUUGAAUCUAAUAAAGAUCAUCCGAUUGUCUGCUUCGAUGGCAUCAGUACUUUGCGAAAACAUUUAAAAGCCGCCAAAAGCAAAUACAAGGUGUCACAGAGAGAUUUCACAAAUGGAACAACGUGUGUUAAUGUUACAUUCUCAAAGAAGUUGAAAAAGCUUUUGAAGUGGUCCUACAGCACUGCUUUUUAUCCAGGUGAAAGCAAAUUUUCAACGAUAUUUGAACAACGCGUCUUGGAAGCCACUGGAUUGAAACCAGAAAAUGGAGGGAAAUUCCAAAUUACGUCAUACCAAGAAGGCAUUGGAUACAAGACCCAUACAGAUUGUACCAUUGGUUCAGCCGAGAAACGAGACAGAGUUGCUACCAUUUUGGUUUAUUUGCAGGAUGUCGAUGAAGGUGGCGAAACUAAAUUCCCAGAAUUAAACAUCAGCGUCCGCCCGGUGAGGGGGCGUGCUCUCGUAUGGAAUAACAUGAACUCGGCCGGAGACUGCCAACCCCUGUCCCUCCACGAAGCUGCCCAGGUCAAAAAAGGACAUAAGUACAUUCUGCAAAGAUGGUAUUACUACGAAAGUUUUUAUCAUCUCGGCAAGCGGCCGUCGGAGCCGAAUCUUCCUGACAGAAAUGUUGGUCAGCCACGUGUUUCGUGUGACGAGUACGAGAAUGGUAGCUGUCGAUGGUACGAUGAAUGGAACUACGAUCACAUUAUUGAUUAUCGGUCAUCCAAAUCCAGUUUACUUUAAAGCUAUAUAAAGAAAUUGCAAUAGUCUGUUACUCUGUAAGCUCGUUAUGUUCUCAGCAAUGACGACCAGCGGGAGAGGGAGAAACGCAGACAAGGGGAAACAGCGGUUGCCCGGCCACAUCCCCGUCUGCCAUGAUGACUAGGCUAAUUGGACCAAAAAAUAUUCUUUGGAAUACAUCUAUAAAAAAAAUGUUAAAAAAAGUCUCGGUAACAUCGCCCAGUGACCCCCAUUAACAUUAGUGCGUCGCCCCUGGGCCCCGCUGGACUCCCACAGAAUUGGUCAGGCUUUGUUCUCUGAAUGUAUCCGAGAGUCACCAUACCACUUCUGAGGCAUCUGGAGUCUAUUUCCUGCUCUCGAUAUUAACAUUAAUGCUAUACAGUAAUUAAAGUGGUCAUUCUCUAAA